AUGGCUGGACGACCUCCUGGAGGUCCCCGUGGCGGCCAGUCGCAUACCGGCGACGACCUGCUGCUGGACCUCGACAAUGAACAGCCAUUCUAUAGCCAGGGCCAGCGAUCCACGCUCAACGACGACGACCUCCUGAGAAACUACAACCAGGCCCAGGCUGCUCCCGGCCGCCCCUCCGUGUCCUAUGACGACUUUGUAGGCGCAACUGGCAUGCACGACUCCCCUAACCGCCAACCCGGUGCUGGCACUGGGCAGCAAUCCGCCUCUCACCUCGAUGCCGCCGGCCCCUACAUGUCAAGGCAGUACAGCCAGACGUCCGAUCUGGGCAACUACCAGCGCUACGCCGACGACCUGGACGACUAUCCAUCCGAUCGCGCAUCGUAUUACCAGAAUGACGGCGCCUCGACUAUAGGCGGCCCUUCCACUGCACCCAGACAAGCUGCGCGCAACCGCAACAGCGUCCUGAGCCUUGGGGGAGGCUUCCUUGGGCGCUUCCGGAACCGAAUGAGCCGUGGCCAAGGCUACUCGGAGAUGGACUUGCCGCUGACAGAGGGCGGCCAUGACAGAGUAGACGGCGCGCCUCCCGCUCAACCAAAGCAAGGCGGAGGCAGCGGCGGCGGCGGCGGCGGCUUUGAUCUAGGAAAUUUCAAAUUCGGCUUCGGCUCCCGCAAACCAGACCCUUCGACCCUAGGGCCUAGAAUCAUCUACCUCAACAACCCUCCCGCAAACGCCGAGAACAAGUAUGUCGACAACCAUAUUUCCACGGCCAAAUACAACUUCGCAACUUUUUUGCCAAAGUUCCUCUUUGAACAAUUCUCCAAAGUUGCCAACGUCUUUUUCUUAUUCACGGCAGCCCUUCAACAAAUCCCCGGUCUUUCACCCACGAAUCGAUAUACGACCAUUGCCCCUCUGCUCAUUGUGCUUUUGAUUUCUGCUGGUAAAGAAUUGGUGGAGGACUACCGAAGAAAACAGGCCGAUAAUGCGCUAAACACCUCGAAAGCGCAAGUACUUCGGGGCUCCAGCUUCACACAAACGAAAUGGAUCAACGUGGCCGUUGGUGACGUCGUCCGAGUCGAGUCCGAAGAGCCCUUUCCUGCGGACUUGGUCCUUUUGGCUAGUUCAGAACCCGAGGGUCUCUGCUACAUUGAAACCGCAAAUCUUGACGGCGAAACCAACCUCAAAAUCAAGCAAGCACUUCCCGAGACAUCCACCAUGGUAUCCAACAGCGAACUGAGCCGUCUGACGGGCCGCAUCAAGUCCGAGCAGCCAAACAGCAGUCUAUAUACGUACGAGGCUACUUUAACUAUGCAAGCCGGUGGCGGCGAACGCGAGCUUGCCUUGAACCCGGAGCAACUUGUCCUUCGCGGUGCUACCUUGAGAAACACCCCUUGGAUCCACGGUGUUGUCGUGUUUACCGGCCACGAGACCAAGCUGAUGCGCAAUGCUACAGCUACACCCAUUAAGCGAACAAAGGUGGAGCGGCAGGUCAACUCUCUUGUGCUUAUCCUUGUAGGCAUGCUUCUUGUCCUCAGCGCCGCUUGUACAGUGGGUGAUUUGGUGACGCGGCAAGUCAGUGGCCACAACUAUGGCUACCUUUAUUUGGACAAGAUUUCCGGUGUCGGCAUUGCCCUCAAGACAUUCUUCAAAGACAUGGUGACAUACUGGGUCUUGUUCUCUGCCCUCGUUCCCAUCUCUCUAUUUGUUACUGUUGAAUUGGUAAAGUACUGGCAUGCUAUCCUCAUCAACGACGACUUGGACAUGUACUACGACAAGACGGAUACCCCCGCCACGUGCCGAACGUCCAGCUUGGUCGAGGAACUGGGCAUGGUCGAAUAUGUCUUUUCCGACAAGACCGGUACUCUGACUUGCAAUAUGAUGGAGUUCAAGCAGUGCUCUAUUGGCGGCAUCAUGUACUCAGAUGAUGUCCCUGAAGACCGACGCGCGACAUCGCCGGAUGACAUUGAAAAUAUCCACGACUUCAAUCGACUCAGAUCAAAUUUGGCAGAGGGCCACCAUACUGCGGAGGCGAUCGAUCACUUCCUCGCACUCCUGGCCACUUGCCACACCGUGAUUCCAGAGGUGGACGAAAAAGGCGGCAUCAAGUAUCAGGCAGCGUCGCCUGAUGAGGGUGCGCUAGUCGACGGUGCAAAGACGCUUGGCUACACCUUCUUUGCCCGCAAACCCAAGGCGGUCAUUAUUGAGGCUGGUGGACAAGAGCUGCAAUACGAGCUGCUUGCUGUCUGCGAGUUCAACUCCACCCGUAAAAGAAUGUCAGCAAUCUACCGCUGCCCUGAUGGCAAGAUCCGUUGCUAUUGCAAGGGUGCUGAUACUGUUAUUCUGGAGCGCGUGCACGACCAGAACCCGCAUGUGGAUGCCACUUUGCGCCACCUGGAGGAGUACGCCUCUGAAGGUCUGCGAACACUUUGCUUGGCUAUGCGCGAGAUUCCGGAGCAGGAAUUCCAAGAGUGGCAGCGCAUUUUUGAGACUGCCGCCACCACUGUCGGCGGUAACCGAGCUGACGAACUGGACAAGGCCGCCGAAGUCAUCGAGCAUGACUUUACGCUGCUCGGGGCCACUGCUAUUGAAGAUCGUCUCCAGGACGGUGUGCCCGAGACCAUCCACACUCUCCAAGAAGCCAACAUCAAAGUCUGGGUUCUCACGGGCGAUCGACAAGAGACCGCCAUCAAUAUCGGUAUGAGCUGCAAGCUUCUCAGCGAAGACAUGAUGCUCUUGAUUGUCAAUGAAGAAACACUCGAGGCCACCCGUGACAACCUCCAAAAGAAACUCGACGCCAUCCGCACACAAGGUGACGGGACCAUUGAAACUGAGACGUUGGCCCUCGUCAUCGACGGCAAGUCGCUGACGUUUGCCCUCGAGAAGGACCUGGAGCAGUUGUUCCUCAAGCUCGCCAUCAUGUGCAAGGCCGUCAUUUGCUGCCGCGUGUCCCCGCUCCAAAAGGCCCUGGUUGUCAAGCUCGUCAAAAAGUACCAGCGCGGCUCCAUCCUCCUCGCCAUCGGCGACGGCGCCAACGACGUUUCCAUGAUCCAGGCCGCGCACAUUGGCGUCGGCAUCAGCGGCGUCGAGGGCCUUCAGGCCGCGCGCAGCGCCGACGUGGCGAUUGCGCAGUUCCGCUACCUGCGCAAGCUGCUCCUGGUGCACGGCGCGUGGAGCUACCAGCGCAUCAGCAAGACCAUUCUGUUUUCCUUUUACAAGAAUAUCGCUCUGUAUCUGACUCAGUUCUGGUACGCCUUCCAAAACGUCUUCUCCGGGCAGGUCAUCUACGAGUCGUGGACCCUGUCCUUUUACAACGUCUUCUACACGGUGUUCCCGCCGCUCGCCAUUGGCAUUCUCGACCAGUUCAUCUCGGCGCGCCUGCUCGACCGCUACCCGCAGCUCUACACGAUGGGCCAGCAGAACCUGUCGUUCAAGAUCAAGGUCUUCUGGCAGUGGAUCGCCAAUGCCGUGUACCACUCCAUUAUCCUCUACGUCUUCUCGGAGCUCAUCUGGUACGGCGACCUGAUCCAGGGUGACGGCAAGACGGCGGGCCACUGGGUCUGGGGCACGGCGCUCUACGGCGCCGUCCUCCUCACCGUCCUCGGCAAGGCCGCGCUCGUCACCAACAACUGGACAAAGUACCACGUCAUGGCCAUCCCCGGCAGCAUGGCCGUCUGGUACGUCUUCAUCGCCGCCUACGGCACCGUCGCGCCGAUGAUCCCCAUCUCGGCCGAGUACCACGGCGUCGUCCCGCGCCUCUACUCGAGCCCCAUCUUUUGGCUGCAGACGGUCGCGCUCGCCGGCCUCUGCCUGCUCCGCGACUUUGCCUGGAAGUAUGCCAAGCGCAUGUACCGACCCCAGACCUAUCACCACAUUCAAGAGAUUCAAAAGUACAACAUUCAAGAUUACCGACCAAGAAUGGAGCAAUUCCAAAAGGCCAUUCGCAAGGUCAGGCAAGUGCAGCGCAUGCGGAAGCAGCGCGGCUACGCCUUUUCCCAGGCCGACGAGAGUCAGACGCGUGUACUCCAGGCCUACGACACCACCAAGAACCGUGGACGGUAUGGUGAAAUGGCCAGCUCGCGACCACAAUAA